AGUUGGUUUACGAGAAGUAAAAUAAAUCGGAACAGUGAAAGAAAGAAACUCAAAACCAUUAAAUUAGGGAUUUGCCGUCUCUGUCGGUGAUUGUUGAUUUUGGCUCCCCUGCUCGCUCGCUCACUGCGCCGUCCGGUGAAACUCUCUCCCAGCUGAAGGGACAAAAUAUUCGUGUUCCAACUUUUUGUCAUGACGAGCCUGAUAUGGUUAACAGCAGAAGAGGCUGCAAAGAACAGAGGAAAAGUUCUUUCCUUGUACCGCCAGUUACUGAGGAGCAUUAACUCACCCAAGCUGCAGCUUAGUUACGCGUCAAGACUCGCCAAGAAAGCUGAGGUUAAGACCAUCUUCUUGUUUGGCUCCGAGGAGGUUUCUAAACACAACGUUGCCGAUCUCAUCCGUACCGGUGAAUAUGCUCUUUCUCAGUUGAAACAAGGCAAGAUCCCAAACAACACUACUCAGUAUUGAGCCCUUUGUUGUUGUUUCCAUUGGCAUUUUGAGCAUAGCACUCUUCAAGUGUCAAUGCAUUCGCAAACGGUGUGACGCUCUUCUUUUUUUUUUUUUUUGGAAAACAUACUUUGAAUCAGCUUUACUAGUGAUUACUUUGUAAUAAAUAUGAUUCACAUAA